GGAGCGCUACACAACAUCACUGUGAUUGGUUAAACGUAGCCUGGCCAACUAACGAACGAUUUCCAUUGGUUCGAAGGCGCUCAGGACUCUCCCAUUUUUCCUCAUGCACUACUGUCGUAAAACGUUUUCGGUCGUGGAGCGGUUUACGGUUGACACCGCAAUGAGGGAGGACGGUUUAAUAGUUCUGGAUGUUUUUGGUUGAAUGUGUUUCUUGAGACUGAUCCCAUCUGUCUUAAAGAAUGGACCCCGUAGUGCUGAGUUAUCAGGACAGCCUCCUGCGACGCUCCGAUGUGGCCUUACUGGAGGGGCCUCACUGGCUCAAUGAUCAGGUCAUUGGCUUUGCCUUUGAGUACUUUGUCGCUGAGCGUUUCAAAGGCCUGGGUGAUACCAUCAUCUUUAUCAGCCCAGAGGUCACCCAGUUUAUAAAGUGUGCUUCCUGUCCGGAGGAGUUGGCCCUAUUCCUUGAGCCGCUUGAUCUGGCUUCUCGUCGAUGGGUCUUCCUUGCUGUCAAUGACAACUCUAACCAAACUGCAGGGGGCUCCCACUGGAGCUUACUGGUCUACUACCAUGACUCUGCUCACUUUGCCCACUAUGACUCCCAGAAUGGGGGCAACUCACUACAUGCAAAACGUAUCGCCAGUAAGCUUGAGCCUUUCCUGGGGACUAGGAGAAAAGUGCUAUUUGUGGAGGAGCCCUGCCCAUCGCAGCAGAACAAUUAUGAUUGUGGCAUGUAUGUUAUCUGUAAUGCUGAAGCGCUGUGUGAAAAGGCCAGGGUGGAGGGCUCCCCCAACCUUCCAGUGCAAACCAUCACUCCAGCCUACAUCACCCAGAAGAGAGCUGAAUGGUGCAGACUGAUCCAGACACUGGCCAAAGAUUGACCACUCCUGUUUUUUUUUUUUUUGCCUUGGCUUGCUCUCAAUAAGCAGAACAGCUGUCAGCCUUCCCCAACACAUCUGCUGCCGCAACCUAUGAAUGCACUCCAGAAUCUAAUGCAGAAUAUUAUAAUAUAGUCCCUCUAAUAUGAAAAAAAAACCUGUAGCAUAUGAAACAAUGUUACAAAGCUUUUAAGAUUCAGAAUCAUAAGAAUUUAUUAAGAUGACUAUAAACCCCCCAAAUUGAUACAGCCUAAAUUCUUUGUUUAUCUGUAGCAACACAUGCAAGAUGUAAACAACACACCAGCAUGCCUAUAAAAUGAAUAAUUAUUCCCAUGUACAUAAGGGUGGGGAAUAUGUAACGCAUCUUGAGAGGAAAGAAAAGCAUUUCCCAGUUUCAGUUAUUUUCCUUUCAAGUGAUUGUGGGAAUGUUUACAAAGAUUAUUGCUCAGGGUCAUUUUAGAUGAGCUACGAUUGACGUCAAGAAUGUGCAUCAUAUGGUUAAUUUUUGCCAGUGAUUUUUAGAUUUCAAAUUGUGAACUGGGCAUCUUUGUCUACAUUUUGUUAUACCUAUUUGAUUUAGAUUUACAUCCAUUUUAAUUGGCUGCCUACCAUCAUUUUCUAUGAAACUCAGUAGGGGUGAGGCAUGCAUGAGAUCUAAAGCUUGUAAGGAAAACAAAUGAAAAGAGGUAAGAGUAAUUUAUUGUUCAUUAGUUUCUUAAUAAAAUUAUAACAUCACUAAAUUUAGCCAUUCUUAUUUUCAGCUCAUGCCAUCUGUUUUUCUCCAUAUAAUCUUAUGUUUUAUUUAAUUUGUACUGAAGAUCAACAUUUGUAUUACAUGUUUAUUCACAACAAUCUCACACCAAAGAAAUGUAUGGAAGGAGUCCACAUGCAUUCUGUUUAGUCUAAAUGUUGGACUAAAAAAAGCCUUGGAUUAUCUGAACUGUACUUUUAGAAUUAGGGAUAAUGUUUACCCACAGCCUUGUCUACAGUUGUAUACUGCAGCAACAUGCAAUAAGGAAGAUCUUAACAAUUCCAAAUCCAUCUCCAACUGAAUGCAUCGCUCACCUUUAAACUGAAAUCUUGUACAAGAACAUCCAAUGACUUAUCUAAACUCUGAAACACAUUUUUUUCGAGUGUGGGAGAAAAUGAAUAGCGAUGGAAUGUUGAAUUGUCGCUUAAUAAAAGCCGAGA